CUUUGCGUCCGUUCUGUCUUAAGCACCUCCCCCACAUUGGAGCCGUCGACGAGGAAGACAGUAGGGUGAUUUGUGUUUUCAGUUAUUCUCAGUUUAAACAAAAUUAGCGAGCCAUGGACGAUUUUGAUAUGCUCAGUGCACCUCAAGGAAGCGCAGGAAACGGUGUGGGGGCAGACGAGGACCCGGCGGCAGCAUUUUUGGCCCAGCAGGAGAGUGAAAUCGCGGGCAUCGAGAAUGACGAGGGCUUCAGCAUCCUGGACAGCGGGGAAGUGCCUUCAUUCCUGAGCCAAGAUCCGGACGGUGGAGAAUUGAAUGGAGAUCUGCAUGGGGAGAGUAACGGUCCUUCAGACGCGUAUGUGGCCAUCUCCAAUGCUGAUCGGUUGCAGGCGGAGCCGGAGAGCUUGAGGAAGUGGAGAGAAGAGCAGAGCGAGAGGCUGGAACAGCUCGAUGCUAACUCCCGUAAGCAGGAGGUAGAGUGGAAGGAGAAAGCGAAGCUGGAGCUGGAGGAGUGGCACACCAGGCAGAACGAGCAGCUGGAGAAGACCAAAGUCAACAACAGGGUGCUGGAUGAGGAUUUCUACAAACAACCCUUCGCUGAUCUGAUUGGUUAUGUCACUCACAUUAACCAUCCUUGCUACCGCCUAGACCAGGCGGCUGAGGAAGCCAUGGUGUCGGAGCUGGACAUGAACAGUCCUGGCACAGAAUGGGAGCGUGUGGCGCGCCUUUGUGAUUUCAACCCCAAGUCCAGCAAGCAGGCCAAGGACGUCUCCCGCAUGCGUUCAGUCCUCAUCUCCCUUAAACAGGCCCCGCUUGUCCGCUAAGCUCUGCCUCUGGAGCCCUCAAAACUACAAAUCCCAGCAGCCAUUGGGUCUCACGACAUUGAUCUAUUCCUUUGUGGUCCCAUCCCAAUGGCUUUGAGCUCAAUUUUCGUAUAUAAAUAAUCUAUAUUAUAUUAUUACUUAUGAUAUGGGUAUAUCUAUAUAUGCAUAAGUAUAUAUA